AUGAUCAACAACAACAGAAUCGGAGUUGAUAAUGAUUCUGAAACAGUUACUUUGAAUGCAACUCGACCAAAAAAAGUAACAAAAAAGACAAAUAGUGAACAAACAUCUACAACAGAAGAAACAACAAUUGAAAUAACAGAAAAAAUGGGAGUAACAACAGAACCAACUACGACAUCAACAACAUCAACCAUAACAUUAACAACAACAUCAACUACAACAUCAAUAUCAACCACAGCAUCAAUUACAGCAUCAAUAGCAACAACAGCAACAACAACAGCAACAACAACAGCAAUACCGCAAUGGACAAUGACAGGAGACAUGAAUGUUGCACGAAAAUAUCACACAACAUCUAUGUUAAUAAAUGAAAAAGUAUUAGUUAUUGGUGGAUAUAAUGGUAUUUCUCUAAAUAGUGCUGAAUUGUAUGACCCAUCAACAGAUAUCUGGAUAACUACUACCAGUAUGAGUACUGCACGACAGGAACACACUGCAUCUGUAUUCACAGAUGGGAAUGUGUUAGUUACUGGAGGAAUUAAAGAUAAAGUUUUUUUAAAUACUGCUGUAUUGUAUAAUCCAUCAAGAGAUAGUUGGACAGAUACGGGAAACAUGCAUGGUGUACGAGGUGCUCACACAGCAACUACAUUAAGAGAUGGAAGGGUGUUGAUUAAUGGUGGAGAUGGUGGUAGAGGUUUUCUUAACACCGCUGAAUUAUAUGAUCCAUCAACAGGAAUCUGGACACGUACAGGCAAUAUGAAUUAUCCGCGCGUUGAUCAUGCAACAUCAUUAUUAACAGAUGGAAAAGUGUUAGUUGCGGGUGGAUAUAAUGAUACUUCUCUAAAUAGUGCUGAAUUGUAUGAUCCAUCGACAGGAAUCUGGACAACUACUAAUCGUAUGAGUGUUACACGACAGUUUAGUACAUUAUCUACAUUAAUGAAUGGCAAAGUGUUAGUUGCUGGUGGCUCUAAUGGUGUUUUUUUAAAAAGUGCUGAAGUAUAUGAUCCAUCAACCGGUAAUUGGACACCUACAGGUAGCAUGAACUUCGCACGGGCACAUCAUACAGCAUCAUUAUUGUCCAACGGAAAAGUAUUAGUUACUGGUGGAUCGAAUGGUAGUUUUCUAAAAAGUACUGAAUUAUAUGAUCCAUCAACAGGAAUCUGGACAAGUAGUACGAACAUGAAUAUUUCACGGUGGCAGCAUACAGUAACCAUACUCACAAAUGAAACACUGUUAAUUGCUGGUGGUGAGGGUGAUGCUCCGUACCUGGAUGAUGUGGAACAGUAUCCAUUGCCAUGA